UUUGUGCCUCAGUCCCCAGCUUGUCCUGGCUGUGACAGGAGGUAGCUGCCUGCCACCUCUCCAAGGCUUGCUCGGUCACCCCAGGGCCCUCCCGCUCCCAGGCCGGGGGGCCACCAUGGCCUGCCGCUCCUGCGUUGUUGGCUUCAGCAGCCUCAGUGGCUGCGAAGUGACUCCUGUGGGCGGCCCCCGGCCUGGGACCUCAGGAUGGGACAGUUUUGGAGCCCAUGGACCCAGCUUCAGUUCAUGCAGCCUCACAGGCUGCCGGCCAGCUGGUAUGAUGCCCAAGGUGACCGUCAACUCUAGCCUACUUGUACCCCUGGAUCUCAAGGUGGACCCAGCCAUCCAAGAGCAGAAGAACCAGGAGAAAGAGGAGAUGAAGGUCCUCAAUGACAAAUUUGCCUCCCUGAUUGGCAAGGUGCAAGCGCUGGAGCAGCGCAACCAGCUGCUGGAGACCCGCUGGAGCUUCCUCCAGAACCAGGACUCCACCACCUUUGACCUGGGCCACCACUACGAGGCAUUCCAGGGCCGGCUGCAGGACGAGCUGCGCAAAGUGAGCCAGGAGCGGGGACAGCUGGAGGCCAACCUGCUUCAGGUGCUGGAGAAGGUGGAGGAGUUUCGAAUCCGGUACGAGGAUGAGAUCUCCAAGCGCACAGAUCUGGAGUUCACAUUCGUCCAGCUGAAGAAGGAUCUGGAUGCUGAGUGCCUUCGACGGACUGAGCUGGAAACAAAGCUGAGAGGCCUGCAGAGUUUUGUGGAGCUGAUGAAAACUAUCUAUGAGCAGGAGAUGAAGGACCUGGCAGCCCAAGUGAAGGACGUGUCGGUGACCGUCGACCUGGACAGCCGCUGCCACAUCGACCUGAGCGGCAUUGUGGAGGAGGUGAAGGCCCAGUAUGACGCCAUCGCGGCUCGCAGCCUGGAGGAGGCCGAGGCGUACUCCCGCAGCCAGCUGGAGGAGCGGGCGGCCCGCUCUGCGGAGUUCGGGAACAGUCUCCAGAGCAGCCGCUGCGAGAUCGCCGACCUCAACGUGCGCAUCCAGAAGCUGCGGUCGCAGAUCCUCUCCGUUAAGAGCCAUUGUCUGAAGCUUGAGGAGAAUAUCAAGGCAGCCGAGGAGCAGGGGGAGCUGGCUUUCCAGGACGCGAAGGGCAAGCUGGCAGAGCUGGAGGCCGCCCUGCAGCGGGCCAAGCAGGACAUGGCGCGGCAGCUGCGCGAGUACCAGGAGCUCAUGAACGUCAAGCUGGCGCUGGACAUCGAGAUCGCCACCUACCGCAAGCUGGUGGAGGGCGAGGAGAGCCGGAUGGACCUGCCCUCAGCCACUGUGGUCAGCGCCGUGCAGUCCAGAGCCAGAGCCGUUGCCUCCAAGCCCAGCUUCACCAGGUCUACUUCCAGGAAGAGGAAGACUCGCAGAGGCCCCGUGAUCCAAAUCACAGAAAUGUCAGAGAAGUACCUCGCACAGGAGUCUGAGGCCUCCCAAUAAUCAGGCAGCUGGACCUCCCCUCCCCCGAGAAACCCCGGGUUACUCCCACUGCAGCAGGAGGGACUUAUGCUAGACUCCAGAAAAUGGCUUGGAGCUGCUAGGUUGGGAGGGGAGACAAAACUUGAUACUGAACUAAAAGAAGGGUUCUAACUGGAGACCCUCCUACUCAUAGAUGGCCAGAGGCAGGGAGCAGUACCAGAUUCACUCCCGAUCAAUGUCUUCAUCUCUUCUUUCAACCUUCUGGCCACAGGUGUUCCUGGCUGGGCACAUGGGGACGUGGGGUCAGUCUCUGUCCACCUCCUCCCACGUAGGGCUCAGACCCAGGCACUCUGACUCUUUUGCCCAAUGCUUGCCCUGAACCAUUAUCUUAGGCCUGACUUUGCCUCUGCCCAGGGUUUCGAGGCCAAUGUCCUCCCUUCCCACCCAGGCCAUGGGCUGAGCUGAAGGAGACACUCAGGGCCUACAGAUCAGGAAUUCUUGGGGAUCUGCGGGCUGAGGACCUGCUAGCUUUCCUGAACUUGGGCCCUCCCCAAACACCUGACAGUAUUAGGGGGUCAGGGGAGAAGAGGUCUGGGUGUCUGAGACCUGAGCAUAGACCUCAGGUCAAGCCGGACAUCCAUCUGCACCCUGCUCUCCUCCUGUGGGCACACCCCCCCCAGGAGAUCCCAGUCAGAACUGGAAAGACCGCCCCCCAAACCAGCUCCCCAGACCCCUCCAGAAGCUACUCUGUCUUUCAUCUGCUCAAGAGCACUGGAAGACAGAUAGCAGUCUGAGAACAAAGGAGAAUUGUCCCUCCUUCCAUGACCUUGCCAUGCUGGGGUCUGGUCCCAGCUAGGGUUCUGGGUGCCAUGUCUCCAGCCCUUGGCCUGGU